AUGGGCCCCGCCCUUCAGCUUCGCAGCAACCAGAUGGUCGCCAGCUACGCCAGCCUUGCCGGCUCUGCCGAGUUCAAGCACAUCCACGAGGAGAAGGGUGUCUUCCCUGUCCCGACAGGCACCAACAUCGAGAAGUGCCCGCAUGCGUCCAAGGCACUCGCCGCCGCUCGCAUGGCUGAGGAUCUCACCAAGGUUGCCGAAGUCAAGAAGACUAGGGGGACUCGUGCUACUGCUUCCUCGUCCUCUCCCAAGGCAGCGUCUGGUUGUCCAUUCCAUGCCGCUGCUCAGGAAAGCAAGGGCAAAGAGGUCCCGCAGGCGACGGGCUUCAACUACGAGAGCUUCUACAUGACGGAGCUCGAGAAGAAGCACCAGGACGCAUCCUAUCGCUACUUCAACAACAUCAACAGAAUGGCGUCUAAAUUCCCCAUUGCCCACACUGGCAAUCCGAAGGAUGAGGUUGAAGUCUGGUGUGCCAAUGACUAUCUUGGGAUGGGCAACAAUCCUGUCGUUCUGGAGACGAUGCACCGUACGUUAGACACUUACGGGCACGGUGCCGGGGGAACCCGAAAUAUCGCGGGAAAUACCGGCAUGCAUCUGUCCCUCGAAGAAGAGCUUGCGGAAUUACACCGUAAGCCCGCAGCGCUGGUAUUCUCCUCCUGCUACGUCGCCAAUGAUGCCACGCUCGCUACGCUGGGAUCAAAGCUCCCAGGAUGUAUCUACUUCUCCGACUCGAUGAAUCAUGCCUCCAUGAUCCAGGGCAUGCGGCACUCUGGCGCCAAGCGCGUCAUCUUCAAUCACAACGAUCUGCAGGAUCUCGAGCACAAGCUCGCGCAGUACCCGAAGGAGACGCCGAAGAUCAUCGCGUUCGAGAGCGUAUACUCUAUGUGCGGCAGCAUCGGACCGAUUGCGGAGAUCUGUGAUCUAGCAAAGAAGUACGGCGCUUUGACCUUCCUCGAUGAGGUGCACGCUGUCGGACUUUACGGGCCUCGCGGUGCUGGUGUUGCGGAGCACCUUGACUUCGAGGCACAGAAACGUGCUGGUCGAAACCCUGAUCCCAUCAAAGGUUCGAUCAUGGAUCGUAUCGACAUCAUCACCGGUACUCUUGGCAAGGCAUAUGGCGCGAUUGGCGGAUACAUCGCUGGUUCCUCCGACUUUGUUGACAUGAUCAGGUCCUACGCUGCCGGGUUCAUCUUCACCACCUCUUUGCCCCCCGCCAACAUGGCUGGCGCACGCGCCAGUAUCUCUUACCAGAAGGAGUUCCUCGGUGAUCGUCGUCUUAUGCAGAUUAACGUCAGGGAGCUCAAGUCGCGCUUCGAAGCCCUUGACGUUCCCGUCGUCCCUGGUCCCUCCCACAUCGUCCCUGUCCUCAUUGGUGACCCCGCUCUUGCGAGGCAGGCGUCCGACUUACUCCUCGCCAAGCACAAUGUCUACGUCCAGGCUAUCAACUACCCUACAGUCGCGCGUGGUGAGGAGCGUCUCCGCUUCACCGUAACCCCCGGACACACCAUCGACCAGAUCGCUCGCCUCGCCCACGCUGUUGACCAGACCUUCACCGAGCUCAAGAUUAAGCGCACGUCGGAAUGGAGGGUCGAGGGCGGCCGUGCUAAUGUGGGCAUGCCUAAUGCGAAGCCGGUCGAGCCCAUUUGGACGGACGAGCAGCUCGGUUUGGUCGAUGGCACUGCGCCCAAGGUUCUCCGCGGUAGCCAGAAGCGCCCCGUGGAUGCCCGUGCGGUCAGGAUCACUCGCGAGAAGUUCAAUGACUUGCUGGGCCCCGUCGUCGAACCGGUUGUGAAGACCGUGCAGGUCAACAUGCCCGGCCUUGCGUAUCCGGCUGAUACCUUGCACGCUCCCAUUCAGGUUGCGGUGACGGCCUGA